CGGCCACACGGGCCAAGCCACCCAGGAGCAUCAUUGCCACAGGUCCAGUUGGAGGUUCUGUUCUGUGAUGUCCAUCACCGACAUGGAGCUGCUCGCUACACAUGCACACUUGCCACGGGGUCACCUGGCCCAGGAGAAGCACCAGAUGCUGGACCUGAACCGACGUCUGGAGAGCUACCUGGGCCGGGUCAAAUUCCUGGAGGAAGAGAACGCGCUGCUCGCCCAGGAGAUCCAAGCUCUGCAGCGCAGCAGUCACGGCGCCACAGUGAGGAAGAAGAGCAUGGAGGAAGAGCUCUGUCAGGCCAGAGCAGAGCUGGACGCAGCCUGGAGGGAUCGAGUCUGCACGGAGAUGGAGGUCAGCAAGCUGAGUGAGGAGCUGGUGGUUCUGGACCGGCACUGGCAGAGGGAGGCGCAGGCCCAAGUGGAGGCCAAGACCAAGCUGGAGAUGAGCAGGAAGGAGCUGGAGGAGGAGCACAGGGCUCAAAGGUGGCUCGGGCAGAAGAUCAGCCAGCUGGAGGAUGAAAUGAGCCUCCUGGUUCAGACCCAUCAGCAGGAUGUGGCCCGCUUGGAAGCAACACUGACACAUUCCAGAGUGUCGGUACCACCACACUUUGCUCAGAGGGGCAACCCGACUUCAGACCUCCGUCAGCUGGAGCAGGAGCUCUGCCACAGGGCCUCCAGAGCCUGGCAGGAGAUGGCAGAGGCCUACGAGGCCCAGCUGGUUGAGCUCGAGAAGUCUCUGAACCAGAACCAGGCCCGCUUGAGCCAAGCAGACCGAGAGAAGAGCGAGAAUCAGGCGAAGCUGCGAGCGCUGGAGAGGGACAUGGUCUCUGCCAGGGAUGUGAGGAUGCAUCUGGAGAGGAGUGCUGACCAGCAAAGGGAGGAACACAGGCAGAACAUCCAUAAACUGCAGGAGCACUGGGAGGGUUUGGAGAAGGAGAAGGAGGAUCUAGGCCAGCAGCUCGAUCAUCUGGUCCUGGAGAACCGAGGUCUGCUGCAGCAGAAGAUGUCUCUGAGCCUGGAGGUUGCCACCUACAGAGCUUUGCUGGACGGCGAGGGCCUUCGAAGAGACAUCACUCUGCCCAGAAACAUUUCAUUUAAAGACGCAUCUUUGAAGACUUGUCGAGAGAAUUAUCGCCGUAACACCACUCCCCUCUCAUCUCCUCUCUGGCGACCGCCAGCCGCGUUUAAAGCUGCCACGCUCCCGAGGAGCAAGCCUGAAACCAUCAGCGAACCUCAGAAGGAAUCAAGAAAGCCUGAUGAUGAAGAUGCAACAAAAACGGGAAAACAAGAAAGCCCGUAUCCCAAAAUACUACAGAAUGGAGCAGUGGAAGAGUUCAGAGCGGGGGAAGUGGAUGAGAAAGUGACCUACGCAGAGCCUCUUUCUCCUUCAGGAGAGGAGGAUGAGGAGGAGCUUCCUGACGGAGACGCGUGUGGAAAUGAUGCUGAUGUUGUUGUUGUGGAGGAAAAAGCAGCUGUCAGCCUUCAGCUCCAGUCUUCACUGAUGCCCGUCUCCAAUGAAAUCAUUCAGCAACAAUCCAGCAGCCAGGAGCAGACAUCAGACCUUCUGGGACUGACAGAGGAGACCUUCAGGUUCUCGGCUGAAUGUGGUCAAAAAGAGACAACUGGUGUUCCUUCUGAGGCGUCGGCCGAGGAAGCGUGUGCACGGAAAGAUGUGCGGGAGGAAACGGAGGCCUUACUGGAAGCCACUCCAGAAUCCAGGACGAGUAACCCGUCUUUCCAGUGUGAGGAAGCAGAGCUGCCAAACAUCUCCAAGGAGCACACGGCUGAGAUAAGGCAGGAAAUAAGCUACUCCACCUUGGCAACAAAUGAGAUGGAAGCAGUGGACAUGUUGUAUCCCGAUGGAGAAGAGAUGGACACGUGGGACAGUGUGAUGGAAAAGAAGAUCUAUGUUGAGCCAAAUGAUCCAAAACCAGAGGCAGAAUAUGCCGAACCUGAGGAGAGCAUCUCAGCCAGAAGGCCCGAGCCAUGCAGAGAAGACAUAAAGAAGCAAGAAGAUCACAUGUCCAACCACCAUGAGGAGCAUUCUCAAUGUCCCAACAACCAAGACGAUGAGGACGAAGACUCGCAAAACGUCUCCGUGUCCUGGAGGGCCGAGCCGGAGAGCGACAGCUACGCUCAAGACAACACUCUGGCCGACACGCGUCCUCUAAUCCGAUACAAGAGCGACGACACGGACGCCAACACUCAGGCGUCGCACAUGGACGAGAGCGAAUCCAGCGAUGGCGAGCAGGAGCAGAAGACCGGAGACGGCGUCGCCUGGACUGAGAGCAAGGCCAAGAACUUUGGAACCAUGGAGGAUCUUUGUGAGGAAGUGGAAGAAGAAGCGACGGAGUGCGAGCAGGAAUAUGCUGACGAUGAAGAUGCUGGACUGGACAAAGCCGCCUCAGAGGCCAGUGAGCUCAUUUUGGAUGAAGAUGUGAGGAGCACACCUGCGGUCCCCGAAAAUGUUCCCUUCGACGAGGAGAUCGACACGGACAGACUUGUGGAGCUGGAAUUGGAAAACCUCUCCACGGACAGAUACGCUUCCCACUUCGCUCAACGGCCGGACGACGAGAACGAGGCGGAGCAACCUGAGGAUGAGGACAAUGAGGAUGAAAGGAUGAUGAUGGAACAAGAACACGUCGACAAAGUGAACCCCUGCACGGAAUCUAACAGUCGAGCACAAAACAAUGCGGACCUCAAGGCCUUCGCAAGGCCCCUGGAGGAGGAGAAGGACGAGGAGGAGGAGGAGGAAGAUGACCAGGAUGCUUCAGAAGAUCCAGGAAGAAGGGGGGAAGACUUUCACUUCAAUGUUUCCAUGGAAACACAGGCUGAUCAAACACAAGAUCCCAUCGCCUUUUGUGAGUUCCUCAACAGGACUGACAUAGAAGAAGAAGUUGAAGAUGAAGAAGAAGUAGAAGAAGAAGAGGAAGUAGAAGUAGAAGUAGAAGAAGAAGUAGAAGAAGAAGUAGAAGAAGAAGUAGAAGUAGAAGAAGAAGUAGAAGUAGAAGUAGAAGUAGAAGAAGAAGAAGAAGAAGAAGAAGAGGGCACAGAGGAGCCAGAGUCUGUCCUGGAAAAAGUGCAAGAUCUCAUCUCUGCAGACAUACCAUCGACUUCCUGUUUGUCUGAGGAGAUCCUAGUAGAAGACUCUGAAGACCGUCUGGCAGCUGGAUGGAAAGUCUUUGAGAAGCCCAGCGAGGACUUAGACGUCACGGCUCCAAACGACGAAGAAGCAGCAUGUGAGGAAUCUGUCCAGAGCCGUCCACGUGAGAAAGGAGGCGACAGCGAGGGUGCCACCAUAUUUGAAAAGGAUCCUGUCGAGAUCUCUCCUGAAACGGCGCCCGAGGAGAACGUCAUCUUCGCCAUGAAGGACUCGGCAGAAUUCCUCAAAACAAACGGCAAAGACAAGCACGACUUCUGGGCGUCGUCCGUGGAGGACGGUGCCGCUUUCCGAGCAGACGAAGACGCGGCGGAGAACGACAAUGUCACGACGUUUGAUGGCGGACUGGACUGGGGGAAGGCGGUCAACGGGAGCUCCGCCCACGGACAGGCUCCCCAGAAGGAGGGGGGAUUGGUCCAUUCUGAGGAGUCGGAAGCCGAGGGUGGCUCCUGGUCGUCUGGAGAUGAGUAGUGUGGUCCAGAAGAACACGGCUGUUUGUUUUAGAGGUAAUAGCGCCCCCUUGUACUUCGGCAUUGCUUGCAAGCCCGACAAUUUAGUUAGUCUGGACUGUUUUUUUUUUGUGGCGAAAAUGUAGCUUUUUAAAAACACGUCUGUGUCAAUUCUCAGUAAUCCAAGUCACGGCCAUCAGCAAGGCUGACCCGACGCUGCUGUUUGUUCCUGUUUGUUCUCUCUCAGGCCGGGCCAGCCUGGUACCAACGCGUGGCACCACAUGGGAGGGCACUUCCUUUGGGCCCAGGGUCAGCAGCUCAUUUCCAUCUCAAACAGAAGGGACAUUCCUUCUGACACAAUGAUGCCCAAAUUCUGGGCAGUGAGGACCGAAAGAGGGGUGGAACAAAGCCGUCUAUGUCAAACUAGAAAGGCCCCCUCUAAACAGAGGUUGAGGUUUGCGCCAUCACCUCACGUCCUCGCACCCUCGCCCGAAGACCGCCUCGCUCACCUGGAAGAGCGGCCACCAGCGAGUUGUUUGGCCACCAGGCAGGCAAAUGACCUGUUGUUUGCAGGACGGUCACUGACCAGCCGUGCCGGGCAACAACCCCAAAAAGCCCACUGUGAUCACCCGCAGGGGACGCACCCACCAGGGACGUAAUUAGGGAAACUCUGCACCUAAAAUUGGAAGCCUUUGCGCGAAAGGUGAAAUGUCUUCAACAAACAAGGACAGUCCAGUUGCUCGCCUACGUGAAGUCCGAGUUGUGCCUUGCAGCGCACCCUGGUGGCGCAGAGCACCAACGUGCCAAUAUCGUCACGUACACGCGUGAUGUGACCGCCUCUGACCCACCUCGUGCGUUUUUCCUUCCAUGCUUAUUGUCUUUCAGUGUCCUAGAAAGUCUGAGGUUGAAGAUCGAUGCCUCUGAAGUUGUUAUUGAUCUCCGGCUAAUCAGAUUUCACCUCCUGAAGCCGAUCAAUACGAGCAGAGGAGGAGCAGCUGUUUAUUGAUCAUUCUGUUCACUUCACGCAUGCUGUUUUUGACUGAAAUCUUUCUUUUUUCUUUUGCUUGAUUGAAUGGACUGUUUAGUCUGCGGUACAUUUAACGCUCCAAUAAAC